GCCGACUGAGCGUUGCACCAGUGUUAUGUGUGUUUCCGUAUAGCAUGUUUUGUAACUUGUAGCAGUCCGGCGUUGAAUGUCAGUGCAGCUCAUUUUUUAAGUUGAGUUUCCCAGGUGUGGACUGACUGAAGUACCAGCCAUGCUGCUGCCUGUUCUGGUGCGUCCGUCCCUCCUCCACUCUCAAACCUCCGUGCUGUUAACACGAUGUGCCCGAACGCUGCGGUGUGACGCUGGGAGGACGAUGCACUCUCAGGCUGAACACCUCCUACGACGGAGGCCUCUUUUGCAUAUCCAGAGUCGAGGCAUCAAGAGUCGAAGCAGGAAGACCAGGGGCCAGGAGGAGGACUGGAAGACCAGGAACAAGACGGCGCUGACGUACAUCGCUGCAGCCGGCGUGGGGAUGAUUGGCCUGUCGUACGCUGCAGUGCCGCUCUACAGACUCUACUGCCAGGCUUCAGGGCUUGGCGGCACGGCAGUGGCCGGCCACGACACAGAUCUGGUGGAGACGAUGAAGCCGGUGAAAGAGCGCGUCCUCAAGAUCACCUUCAACGCCGACACACACGCCAGCAUGCAGUGGAACUUCAGACCGCAGCAGACGGAGAUCUUUGUGGUUCCAGGUGAGACGGCGCUGGCCUUUUACAGAGCUAAAAACCCCACAGACAAACCCAUCAUAGGCAUCUCCACGUACAACGUGGUGCCCUUCGAGGCAGGACAGUACUUCAACAAGAUCCAGUGUUUCUGUUUCGAGGAGCAGCGUCUGAACCCCCACGAGGAGGUGGACAUGCCCGUCUUCUUCUACAUCGACCCGGAGUUCGAUGAGGACCCCAGGAUGGCCCGAGUGAACACCAUCACCCUGUCCUACACCUUCUUCGAAGCCAAGGAGGGUCAGAGUCUCCCUCUGCCUGGGUACAGCUACAACUGACCCACCGAGAGCACCGCCCGAGUCCUAAACCAGGAACCUGGUUCUGGUUCAUAUCUCAGUCCGAGUAAAAGAAAAAAUGAUCCAAGACUCUUUUCUCUGACACUGAAGUGUGUUUCAACAAAUCCUGUAACACACGGGCCACAAAAAAAGAGACAUUUUGACACUGAAAAACUGUUUGUGUUUGAACCAGUGAUCUGGAGAGGAGAGGUCCUCGGAUUAGUUUUAGUUUUUCACUUGUGGUCGACUUGUUGAGAUACUGAGCUUCUCAGACUGUGCGUGUGCUUGUGUGCGUGUGUGUGUGUGUGUGUGUGUGCGUGUGUGCGUGUGUGAGAGAGAUGCUUGACGGACUGUAAAUCUUAACAUUGAGUCAAACAGUUCUGAUAAACAGCUUAUAAUUAAACUGUACAAAAGGCUGAAGAUCAAUAAAUUAUGACUAAGAAUGGA